UGCAACUGUCAUUGACAGCCGAAAAACAACAAACCAAAACACAUUGCGAUUCAGAGACUGUGGAAAACUAGAGAGUAAAACGGUUCAACGGAAUAAACGGUGCUGCUGGAAAAAAGUAAACUAUUUCGCGAUGAUGUUAUUCAGUGUUACCCGUGCUCUGUUGCGAGGUGCCCAGCGAAUAGAAAUCAACCGGAACCGCGAUGUUCACCGGUGGGUAGCACCAACAUUGCGUGAACUUCGCCGGCGCCGCGAGAAGAUGGGACCGGAAGCCGAAUUACCCCGUUCGUCACAUUCGGAUUGGAAUUAUAGUGCAGAAAUCUUUGCAUUCGGCAAACGGCUGCAUGAGUCAUUCGAUCCAAACGUCCUACAGCAAGCCUUCACACACCAAUCGUUUAUUGAGCAGGAAACACGCAAACAGGCAGCGGUCGGUAUCGAAAAGCCGGUGCUCGGUGUCAACGAUAACCGGGAGUUGAUUGCGCAAGGCGAACGUUUGAUCGCAAACCAUGUAGAGGCAUUUCUGCUGACGGCACUGCCACGCUUACCGCGACACUUCGUGUCUUCCAUACGGGAUGCUCUCACCAGCGAUACACAGCUCGCACACGUAUCAUCCUAUCUGGGCACGAAGGACAUAAUAAUGGCGGCCGAAUUUCCCAUCGGGGAUGCUCUGUUGGCCUCAACGCUCAAAGCCAUCGUGGCGGCACUACAACGCUCUUCCGGAGACGAGCGUUGCUUUCUGUUCGUGCGUGACUUUAUUUGCGGUCAGUUGAACCAACGCGAUCUGCACGAGUACCUGCAAAUUCCAGACCCGCUUCGCACGUUGCAGGAAUAUUGCAAAGAGCGAGGACUUGCCGAACCGGAACCGCGUCUUAUCGGUAACGUUGGGAAAAACACACUCCUGGCUGCGUAUAAUGUGGGUAUUUACAGCGAUCGAAAGCUGUUAGGAACGGGAUAUGGCGAGAAUCAAAGGACCGCGGUUCAAGAAGCAGCGAAUGACUGUCUACGACAGAUGUUCGGUACCGAGGUAGAAAUGAAGCCAGUCGAUUUCCGGCUAACAUUGAAGGAUUGUGCGCGUCAUAUGGCACAGCAUAGCAGCAGUAAGGUUAAAACCAGACAAUAAUACAAUUGAAUUAUGUCUCCGAGUUCCUGAGGCGCCACGCGUUUUCCAGUGUUCAGCGGAGUGAAAUAAUUUAUUGUACAAAACAAUUAGGCAACACUGGAAACUAACAAAUAAAUUAGUCCUAUCAAGUCCGACCACCUACCAUCCAGCGGCGGGGGUUCGGUACCUAUCAUUGAA